UAUCGUCAGUGUGUCCUUGGCUCCAUAGACAAGCAGCAGGUUAGCUAGAGAGCUACCACUGGAUUUGACAGCUAUAGGAAGCCAAAGCGAAGGGCACCAAAAGGGGAGCAGCAUCGUUUUUUUUUUUAUCUACAAAAAACAUCCACAUCCUAAACAGUCACACAACUCAAGAUGGCUUUUUUGAUCAAGAGCAUGAUUGGGAACCCCCUGUCAGGAAUGGGUCUUGGUGGUGGAGGUGACAAAGAAGAGGAGGCCACCCCUUCAGAUCCAGCCAAAGCAGCAGGGAUGACACGAGAGGAGUAUGAAGAGUACCAAAAACAGUUGGUGGAGGAGAAGAUGGAGAGAGAUGCAGAUUUCUUACACAAGAAGGCAGAAAGGGCAACACUCAGGGUUUGCCUCAGAGAAAAAUACAGGCUGCCGAAGAGCGAGCAGGAUGAGAACAUGAUUGAGAUGGCCGGCGACGACGUGGACGUCCCCGAGGAGCUGCUCAAGAUGGUGGACGAGGACGCCACGGAGGAGGAGGGCAAAGAUUCCCUCAUGGGCCAGAUUCAAAACUUGCAGAACAUGGACAUGGACCAGCUGAAGGAGAAGGCCUCGGCCACGGUUACCGAGCUGAAGAGCAAAGCAGAGGAGAAGUGCUCUGUCAUGUAAAAUGGCCAGAGAUGGAAGAUGUGUUUGAAGAAUGAAGAAGAAGAAAAAGAAGAGAGAAGACAAGAAAAAUCUAUUUCACCACUUUCCGGGAAUCUCCAGGCCAAGCUGUGUUAAAAAGCCUGAGGUUUAGUUACAUUAUUAAAACACAAGCAAAAUAUUUACUUUUAUUAUAAGCACUAAAAACACUUCACCGAUAUGUAAUAAAAAAUUAAACCUGAUCAUUUCCAGUUUGCAUUCACUAAGGAUUUCCCUAUUGAAUUGGGUAAUAAUUUACAACUUCACAUUCUAAUAAAAUGAAAAUACUUAAAUGGAUGCCCCAUUUCACCCCCAUUAUUGUUUUUAUUUUUUGUUUGUCGGUUUGUUUGUUUGUUUCUUUGUUUUUAGAUGAAUGCUGUAGAAAAGGGAUUCUCUGUGAACCGUCUCCACAAAGUAUUCCUUCUCAUAUCAAUUUUAUUGUCACAGGCCACAAUAAAUUUUAAAACUCUUAUCAAUUUGUAAUAUAAUGUUCACUUUUUCUGUUUGUCAAAAAAUGAGGCAGAUUGGUGUGUGAAAGUGUGUUUUUCAGUCAAUUAAAUAACAAUAUAUCAAGACUUGCUUAUAGUAAACCAGUCCUGUCUGAGUAUUUCACUUUUCCUUUUGGUAUGUUUCUAUGUGGUCUUUGAAUUAAUAAUGACAUUUAGGUUGUAUUUUUUUCUUGGUGAUCUUCAUACGUUUUGACAUACAUCAUUUUAUCUGUGAUCAAAGCUAUCGAGCCUGAAACAUUUGCAGAGACAUUUGCAGAUUUGCACAAAUCCUGAUUUGAAAAUGCAGAAUAAAAUCCAAACAUUGUACAUAAGCAGUGAUGACAUAUUUGGAGGUACUUCGUGCUGAGAAAACAAAUGUAUCGCUCCAAUAAAGAUGUAUAUUGAAUACAA